GGGAGCUACUAGCCUGCUGCCUUACGCCAUCUUUACUUCCGUCAACACCGGUGAGUGUGGUUUAAUUUUAGACGGCAACGCAAACUGUACAAGAUAACUUAAGGACACAACAGCAUGGCAACCAUGUUAUUCCGAUUCGGUGUCAUUCUCACUCCGGACUCGCCGAAUGUUGACUUAUUUAUUUUGGGCUCCCGUGCGGAAAUGGGCCAUUGGGACCCGGGAAAAGCGGUCCGGAUGAGAGCGAUUCGCAGCUCGGUGUCUACCCGGGAGCCGUGCCUCUGGAUCGGGGACGUGCUGCUGCAUGAACCUUAUAGAGACACACUGUGGUUCAAGUUUCUGAAAAGGACAGAAGGAGCGUAUAUCUGGGAAGGUAACGGGCCCCACCAUGACAGAACAUGCUGUUACGAUGAGCAGAACGUGGUGGAUGGCGUCUACUGCCACCCCAUUGACCACUGGAUCGAGGAGGCGGGCCACACGGACGAAAUGAAGCACACCAGCAACUUUUACCUGAGCGUGGCUGGUCAGAAUGCCAUGCAUUUCUCCAGGGUGCUGCCGCGGCUUUGGUUGGGCAGCUGUCCUCGACUGGCGGAACAUGUGACGAUCAAGAUGAAGCACGACCUCGGCAUCACGGCGGUGAUGAACUUCCAGACAGAGGGAGACGUGAUGAACAACUCUCACGGCUGCAGGCGAAACCUUGGGGACGCCAUGACGGCCGACACCAUGAUGCAUUUGUACAACGACUGCGGCCUUGUGUACGUGUGGAUGCCCACGCCCGACAUGAGCACUGAGGGUCGCGUCCAGAUGCUUCCCCAGGCUGUCUUCCUACUUCAUGGCCUCCUAGAGAACGGCCACACCGUCUACGUCCACUGUAAUGCCGGAGUGGGUCGGUCCACGGCUGCCGUAUGCGGCCUGCUCAUGUACGUGCUGGGCUGGAGCCUAAGGAAGGUGCAGUACACGCUUGCAGCCAGGAGGCCCGUUGUGUACAUCGACGAGGAAGCUUUAGUGCGGGCCCAGGCGGACUUUAGACGCAAGUUUGGACUACUGAGAUCGUCCAUCUCUUAUACAGAGACAUGAGGGUGGAGAUUCCAAGAAUUGUGACUUUGAACGCCUGCAAUCCAUCUGUGGGGCUUUUCAGCUGUGUCUUAUCCCCAAAUUUCCAGAAGGUGAUCCGCGGCUGCGCAUGCUGCACCCAAUUAAUUCAACUUUUCUAGAGAUACAACACGCUUGGAGUUAGAAAUUCUCUGUCGGAACCUUUGAAUUGGCAUUUUGAGAAAGCUCUGGGAGAGUUGUGGCCCAGACGGCUCACUGAGCUUGAUAUCAUUUCAUUGUCCUGUUAGCAAAGGAUCACAAUGCACUUUUUGACAAGCCGCGCACUGAGUCUGUGAUUUAAGAGUUUUGUGUGUUUUGUGCAUGCAGAAGACUUGCAAUGAUAGCAGUGAUGGGUGAGUCAUAUAAGGAUGCGUGCGUAAACAGCAUGAAUGUGUGUUUUGUGAACACUUGUUCAUAGGAAUUAACUGGAAAAUCAAACUGGUAAUGGAGGCAAACUGGUUUACAAACACAACAAAAAACAUUUUCACAUAAGCAGGCAUGCAUUCCAACUAAUCUACAUUUUAAAAAUGAAAUCUUUGACUAUCAUUAAGGGGAGAAAAAUACAUUCUUUGUGUUUCAGCUGAAAAAAAAACCCAGAAAAAUUGGAGGUACUUGCUUUUUAUUACAUCAAAAAUAGAGGAAAAAACACAAUUAAUAUUUUAAUAAAUAUUACAAAUAAAUAAUUUUUUAUAUAAAAUAAUACAUAAAAUACAUAAAUCAUAGUAAUUUAGCAACCCUGUUAAGUUUGGUGACAUUUGAUUAUUGUUAUUUUUUUAAAUUAAUAAAAACAUUUAGAUAUAUAGUACAUGCCUUUCACUGGACGGCGACAUUGUGUUAAAUAAAGAAUAAUAUAAAUAGCUGUAGCAUCUACCAAUCACCUAUACCAAUUCCUAUUAAUCGUAGUAUAAUUUCCUAGUGAUUGAGAUACCUGGAACUGAAAGGAAUAGCCUGACCUGUCUAAAGACAUCUUAAGCCAUAAUAAGUGAUUGAUUUGCGGUGCACAGCCUUCUAGUAAUGCAGUUAUGAAUGGAGGUAUUCAUCAAAACGAUGUUCAUUGCAGUGCUGUAAGGCUAGGAGUCGGCCUUAUAUUCAAAGGAAUUGAAGACGUAUUCCACAAAUGUCCUUCCUCUAGGGUUAUGAGUCACUGUGUUUUUUAAAUUCAGUUAAGGUUCGUGGCGGGUUCAAAGACAAGUUGGGCGUGUCAAACAGAAAAUGCCAGUAAAUGCUCAGUUCAUUAAAAAAAGAUGACAGCAUCCUAUUGUUGGUAGCUCACCAAGCAGAGUAUUUGUUGUCAUAAUGACACAAUGCACACAUCCACGUCUUGCAUAGGCUCAUUAAAUGAUCCUGUGACACUGCCAACAUGAACUUUAGGCUGCCAUUCAUCCUUCAUGCACUUAAGGCACACACAUUCAUCACUGACAAGUAGAAUUUUUGUAUGUAUAUUUUUUUAACUAACGCACUGGCACAAAUGAUUUACAUUCAUCACAGCCACUUUCUUUCUAGUCUCUCGGAGCAAGUCUUAUCGUUUGCAUGGUCUGGUGGGGGGGUGGGCUGCCAGUGUGUCAAAGAAAGAAUCCUGCAAUGACUCUUGACUUUGCUCCCAGGCAGAGAGGCAGCCACCCUCACAUGAACCUGGGAAAUAGUCUCAUUUAUCUGUGCAAUUUUGCCACAUCCUUGGCAAGAUGAGGAGUAAUUGGCUACACAAGCAACGUGUGGUAUCCUUGAUUGGCUCGAUCUUAAUGAGAAAAGCUGAGCCCAUGUAUCAGAAAUAUAUCGUGAAAAUAGUCAACGGGACAAAAAAGUAAAGUGCAGUUACAGUCUAUAGGCAAAUUUCUUGUUGUCUACUACUUACACUCGAGGGAGUGAUGGAAUUUUACAAAAUGGGAUAAAACCGGUCAUCCCAGCACAGUUUCUUACAUACGUGAUAUCAUAUACAGGUAUAGCCUUAAAACGGACCCAUACAUUAAGAAUCAAAACAUCCAUCCGUCCAUUUUCUAUGCCGCUUAUCCUCACUAGGGUUGCAGGGGUAUGCUGGAGCCUAUCCCAGCUGACUUCGGACAAGAGGCGGGGUACACCCUGGACCGGUCGCCAACCAAUCGCAGAAAAUCAAAACAGAAUUUACACAUGUGGUGCCGCAAGUGUUUUAAUCAAGCUUUCACUGAGGCGACGGCUUGAUCCCGGAACUGCUUGUCCAGCACCCAUGAAGAAGGGCUUAUGAAAUUAUUAUGCAGAAGCAGGCAACCACCUUCAACUACCUUGAAUGCAUUACUUGCACUGAGAGUCACUAUAAAGGCAAGCUGAGAGAUAUUCAAUUAAAUGCAGCCUUUGUCUCAGGGCACCCUCAUAAUGACCACACUGAUGUAUGCAGACUCGCUGUGUGUCUCAUGCAAUAUAAAAAACUGUUUACUCCUGCAGCCCAUAAAUGCAUCCUAAUAAUUUCCUUAUCAUUGCCUCUCUUUGACUGUAGCCUGAGUGCUCUUAUUUUAUGCAUUUUUAUUUUCAUGGCCACUCUCUUACGCUUCCAUUAUGCCUUUCAUUUAUUCAUUUUAAAGCAUUUCACAGCUCCAUUAUGCCACAGACUUUAUGUUUUUUUGACCUUCAAACCAAAGUUUUAUUACUUUUUGGGGACCACAAAUGCAAUCCAUGGAAAACCGUAGGGCAGGAAUGGCUAAUUUGCACAACAUUUGGAUGUUAUUAUUUCAUUUUCAAUCAUCUCAGCUCACAUAUCACAGCGCCAACAUGAAUAAAACAUUUCUGCACAUUGUUCUUAUGGUCAGCAAUACGCAGCAACGUCUAAACACUCUGCACUCAGAAAUGAUCCAAAACCAAAAACACACAAACAAAAUAAAACACAAGCAACAGGAUGUGGAAAUUACAUAAACAUUGCACAAUCAAAAACUAAUGCUGCAAAUGCCAAACACAAACGACAAAACCACAUGCCCAUGCCCAUGCCCAUGCCAAGGCUACCCAGGAUGCCAGACCUCCGGAUUAUCCACAGAGCCACCCCUGGCCAAAAUGACCCCAGCCCCUCACCCGCCGACCCUUUUGUAUCACAAACUGGGACACCAGUAAUUCUGGGCUCCAUGAAAAAAAAUCAUAUUGGGCCCCCCCUCAGCAGCUGUGGUCACCGCAUCUCUGAGACCAAACUGACCCAUUCAAAGCUAUUUUCAUUCUAUUUGACUUGAACCUGACGCAUGUUUUAGAGCCAUACAAAUAA